UGGUUCGCUCCGAGGACCGCAGCAGCGACCCAUCGGGGCAGCGGAAGCAGGCGCGAGCGGGCAGUGGGGCCCCGGAGCGGGCGCGUCAGCCCGCCGUGCGCCCAGGCCCUCGGCGCGGCCAUCUUGCCAUUUCCCCUCAAGGACUCAAAACGUCUGAUCCAGUGGUUAAAAGCUGUUCAGAGGGAUAACUGGACCCCGACCAAGUAUUCUUUCCUCUGUAGCGAGCAUUUCACCAAAGAUAGCUUCUCCAAAAGGCUGGAGGAUCAACACCGCCUGCUCAAGCCCACGGCCGUGCCCUCCAUCUUUCACCUGACUGAGAAGAGGGGGGCUGGAGGCCAUGGCCGCACCAGGAGAAGGGACACCAGAAAGGCCUCGGGGGGCCUGAGGCGACGUACAGGUGAAGCAGGCGGGAAGGUGGCUGCUGCGGGUUCGUCGUCGUCCUCAAGUGGAAACCUCAUGGCCAAGCCAGAGUCCCGCAAGUUGAAGCGAGCCGCUCUGCAGGGGGAGAGCGCGCCCAGGGCUGCCCAGGAAGCCGCCAGUCAGGAGCGGGCGCAGCAGUCUCUGGAAGGGACUGCAGGAGACGGUGUGGCAGCCACAGUGACAGGCAGCCAGGCAGAAGCAAACGCAUCUGCUGUAGAUGCUAGCGACAAGACCACCACCUCCCCCGCCGCGGGCCUGGUAGAUAAGAGUGGCAUUUCCGUGGAUGACUUUACCCCCCCAGGAUCUGGGGCAUGCAAAUUUAUUGGCUCACUUCAUUCUUACAGUUUCUCCUCCAAGCACACUCGAGAGAGGCCGUCUGUCCCCCGAGAGCCUGUUGACCGAAAGAGGCUGAAGAGAGACGUGGAGCCCAGCUGCAGCGGGACCAGCCUGGGGCUGGACAAGGGCUUGGCCCAGAGCCCCCCGAGCUCAUCACUCACGGUGACGCCUCAGAAGCCCUCCCAGAGCCCCUCUGCCCCUCCGACCGACGUCACCCCGAAGCCAGCCGCGGAAGCUGUGCAGAGCGAGCACAGUGACGCAAGCCCCAUGUCCAUCAACGAGGUCAUCCUGUCCGCGUCCGGGGCCUGCAAACUCAUCGACUCGCUGCACUCCUACUGCUUCUCCUCCCGGCAGAACAAGAGCCAGGUGUGCUGCCUGCGGGAGCAGGUGGAGAAGAAGAACGGCGAGCUGAAGACCCUGCGGCAGAGGGUCAGCCGCUCCGACAGCCAGGUGCGCAAGCUGCAGGAGAAGCUGGACGAGCUGAGGAGAGUGAGCUUCCCCUACCUGAGCAGCCUGCUGCCCCCCAGCCGAGAGCCCCCCAAGAUGAACCCAGUGGUGGAGCCGCUGUCCUGGAUGCUGGGCACCUGGCUGUCAGACCCGCCGGGAGCUGGGACCUUCCCGACGCUGCAGCCCUUCCAGUACCUAGAGGAGGUGCACAUCUCCCACGUGGGCCAGCCCAUGCUGAACUUCUCGUUCAACGCCUUCCACCCAGACACACGGAAGCCCAUGCACAGGGAGUGUGGCUUCAUCCGCCUCCAGCCUGACACCAACAAGGUGGCCUUCGUCAGCGCCCAGAACACAGGCAUCGUGGAGGUGGAGGAGGGCGAGGUGAACGGGCAGGAGCUGUGCAUCGCAUCCCACUCCAUCGCCAGGAUCUCCUUCGCCAAGGAGCCCCACGUGGAGCAGAUUACCCGAAAAUUCAGGCUGAAUUCUGAAGGCAAACUUGAACAGACAGUCUCCAUGGCAACCACUACCCAGCCCAUGACUCAGCAUCUUCACAUCACCUACAAGAAGGUGACCCCGUGACCCAGAGCGGAGCCGCCUCCUGGGCGGGCCGCAGGACUCCGUGCGUUCAAGAGUGUUGCCACAUGUUCCUGUAAUGGCAUAGAAAAACCAAAUAAAAGGCCUUUAUUUUUAUGGCUGA